CAUAGAAAUGACAAACGCCACUUUUUUUCCAAGGAGCUCGGCCAACGAUCAAUAUCUGCGCCACCGUUCAAGUCGCCGCCUCCGCCGCCUGGUUGCGUACCUUGAUUCUACGAUUAAUUGAUAUAGUGUAAAAGGCUUCAAUGGCAACAAAAAGAGGAAGACCGCGUGGAGAGGAACAGAAUUGCAGUGAUAAAAUCGCCUCACUGAAAGAGAAAGACGAGGCAUUUGACAACUACGAAUCUGAAAGGCAAUGUACUGCAAUCAGAGCUCUCCGGGAUGUUGAAAUCGAACAUUUUAGCACUGUGCUGCAGUUACUUCGUUCGUAUUUCAGUGAAGACCAGUUGCAGAUUCCUGUAUUGCAGUUUUUCGAUGAAAAACUAACGAACCUAACCCUUGAAAAGACUGGAGAGGAUGGCCAGUAUGAAGUGAAAUCGAAAGGGGAAGCUGUGGAUGUGGACCAUGGUGAUAAAAGAACAAUACAUUCUGCUCUUCUACGUCGCUUGUCAUUAGCUUAUCCUGAUUUCUCCUCAGGGAUUCCUUCUCUAUGUGGCUUCAAAUUUUCAAAUCAAGCUGUGAAAACAAGCCUUUUUGUUGCUGAUAAACUAGAGACCAGGAGUCUCGUUUUUGACGAGCCAUCCGAAUCACAAAUGUUAGAACUGAAGGAUAACCUGUAUACUCCAAAUGUUAGUAACCAUCGAUUGUCAGUUGGGGUAACCCCCAAAACCACGAGGCUUCCAAAAUAUGGCGAGAUGCUUCUGUCCAUACGUGGCUCACCCCUCGGUGUCUUCAAGGAAGAUAACAUGGAAACUAUAAAAGAAAGCGAAGAUGGUUGAACUACGGGAGCCAAGACGAAGCAUUUCAGUGACUUAAAGCGAGGUAAACGCUACAAUGUAAAUAUGUGGAACUUUCUAGCCCAAGUCAUCCCUGUUGAGUUUUUGUUUUCGUUUUCGUUUUCGUUUUCUUGCUGCUUGUCUAAAAAGGAUUUGUGGUAGUCUUAUAAGUUCGUAGUUUCUUCGUAAUAUACAAGUAGUAAUAGUAAUCAAAUAUUAAAAAAAUUACUCCGUAUAACUUUGUGCCUAAAAUAGUUGUAGCUGUGAAAAUAUAAAAAGGUAAUCCUUAAAAUUUAAAUCAUAAUGUGUUUUAAUCUUCUUCAUAUUUUAUAACUGGUCCUUUUUUCUGGAAAAUGUAAGUCUGAAAAUUUAGAACUUAUUUAAAAUCAUGUAAAAAGAUCACGUUUUCAUUUCCAAUGAAGAGAACAAUGUACAAAUUUCUAGUAUUUCUAACAUUUACCAGAUCUGGCAGGUUUUUUCAUUUAUCAUUGGAUUUUUUUAUUAAUAAAGUAAUAAUUUGAAAGGUAGUUUAGCAAUACAUCGCAUCUUAGCAAAUAUUUGGAUGCAUCCCAUUAUUAAUUGCUUCAUAUGAAACAUGUAAUCGAUCACAUUUAAAUAUUCUGGUACCUAAUUGUCAUAAGGAAUUCUGUUGUAACCGAUUUUGCAAUUGA